CCUGGCGUUCCACCUACAACUUCCGCUGGCGUUCCACCUACAACUACCGCUGGCGUUCCACCUACAACUACCGCUGGCGUUCCACCUACAACUACCGCUGGCAUUCCACCUACAACUACCGCUGGAGUUCCACCUACAACUACCGCUGGCGUUCCACCUACAACUACCGCUGGCGUUCCACCUACAGCUAUCCCUACAGUUUCACAAUCAGCUAGUACUUCAAUACCAUCAGUAGAUGUCAUCACUACAAUCACUUCACAAGUGCCUAGUACAGCUAUGAAUCUGGAUUGGACAUAUUUUGGCGGAAUAACAACUGUUACAAUAGUUACCAACAACCUUGGCACUUCCCAAUGGCUCGGCAUUGGCUUGUCGCUUGAUAAUAGAAUGGGUGAUGAUCAUGUAUUUGUAUGUCAACGCUUGAAUGACGAUACAAUUCAACUUCAACGUUUUAUCAAUCCCGGUGGUUAUUCGUCUCCAACCGUAGUUGCUGCUGACUCAAAUUAUGGUGGCACAUUCAAAGUAAGUCGGGUAGCUCUAAACAAUGGUGUGGCCUAUUGUGAAUUUACUCUUUCAAAUUUUACUACUACAAUGGGUCAACGAAGAAAACGGAGCAUUUCUUUACUUUCACAAAGUAUGCAAUAUCGUAUUCUUGCAGCCGUAGGCAGUUUAGAUAGUUCAAAUUCAUUAGCACAACAUUCCUCGGUAUCUGUACAAACUCAAAUGAUUCAACUCAAUGAACUAGGAACAUUAACGAUGAUCAAUAUUGAAGGAUCAGACGAUAAUGAAGCAAUUUUCUUGCGAGCUCAUGCUAUUAUUAUGUUAUUUAUUUGGAUGCUAUUUGUUUCAACAGGUAUUAUCAUUGCUCGACAUUUUAAACAAUCUUGGCCUACACGAAAACUUUGCGGUAAACCAAUAUGGUUUGCUGUACAUCGAUCAAUUAUGAUUUUUGCUGCAAUAAUGACGUUGACUGCAUUUGCAGCUAUUCUCAAGUAUAAGAGAGGUACAUGGGUUUCUCAAAGUCUCUCGCGUGAAUUUGCCCAUUCAAUCGUCGGUAUGCUUGUUGUUAGUGCUGCUAUUAUCCAACCAAUAAUGGCUCUAUUUCGAUGUCAUCCUGAUCAUCAACAUCGAUUUAUUUUUAACUAUGCACAUGCAAUCAUUGGCAUGGGUGGAUUGAUUUUCUCGAUUGGAACUAUUUUUCUUGCUACUCUAUUUACUAUGUUUGAUUCUGUAAUGAACAAACCUUGGCGAAUUCUUGUGGCAUGGUCAUCGACAGAGUUCCUUAUAUUGAUUGGUUUUGAAUGUGUCGAAAUUUUCCACCGCAAACAUUGGCGACCAUUUAACCCUAAAAUCAGAGACGAUCCUCUGCAAAUGAACGUUCUUGAUAAUGGUAGUGUGACAAUAUCGGUCGAUGACCGAUCAUCUCCAGAAACUAUACUUAAGGAGCGUUUAAAAACUCUUCUUCUAAUACUUCAUAUUUUGGUUGCAUUUGGCCUUUCGCUCACACUUGCCUACGGUACCUGGCAGGCUUCUUAA